ACACACACAGCGGCGCCAUGCAGUACCCUCGGACAGUCAGCUAGGCAGCUGAAAUCCCUCCUGAAGAGCUCGACCCAGCCCGAAAUGCUCGGUCUAGGGCGCACGUACCUGUGUUGUUUCACUGAUACACAAUGUGAAGAGGGGAUAAGUGUGAUAAAAUGGCGCGGUUUUGAGUAUUACUUUUCCGUCUCGCUCGGUGUAGCGUGGCAGAGGCAGUGGAUCCUUUCCAAAGUUGUCGGUUAGCAGGGCGCGUGUAAAGGAUCGGAAUUAAAGGCGUAGUACACCCGUUGUCGCCGUAAACAUGGAGAAGCAGCAGCAGAGCGACUUGGACCGAGACCGACAGUACUGCGAACUUUGUGGGAAAAUGGAGAACCUCCUCAAGUGUGGUAGGUGCCGGAGCUCCUUCUACUGCAGCAAGGAGCACCAGAAACAGCACUGGAAGAAACACAAGCUCAUUUGUAAGGAGACGGACAGGGCGCAGCUUCCUAAGCAGAAGCCCGAGCAGCCGGGGGACGACACGACAGCGGAGAAAGACCGGGAAAAGAUAAACCCCGAGCUGGCGGACAGUGCGUCGUUACCACACACCACAAACAUAGAAGCACCUGGGGACUGUGAGAGCACCGGGGAGGACGGGUCCAACAACCCCGCCACACCUAACGGACAAACUAGCUCAUCCCCUCAGAAACUUGCCAUGGAGUACAUAGUGCCGUGUAUGAACAAGCACGGCAUCUGUGUGGUGGACAACUUUUUAGGAGCAGAAAUCGGGCUGGGCAUUCUGGAAAAUGUCAAAGCCCUACACAAAACUGGCAAGUUCACAGACGGACAGCUGGUGAGUCAAAAAGGCGACUCCACUAAAGACAUCCGAGGGGACAAAAUCACAUGGAUAGAGGGGAGAGAGCCCGGCUGCGAGAAGAUUCGCUUCCUAAUGACACGCAUGGACGACCUGAUCAGACAUUGUAACGGCAAACUGGGAAACUACACGAUAAAUGGAAGGACAAAAGCAAUGGUGGCAUGUUACCCUGGAAACGGGACAGGAUACGUGCGCCAUGUGGAUAACCCCAAUGGGGAUGGACGUUGUGUCACAUGCAUAUAUUACCUUAAUAGAGAUUGGACAGCCAAGGAACAUGGUGGCCUUCUUCGGAUCUUCCCAGAAGGAAAGGCCCAGUUUGCCGACAUAGAGCCCAAAUUUGACCGUCUGCUGCUUUUCUGGUCCGACAGACGAAACCCACACGAGGUUCAGCCCGCCUUCGCCACCAGGUAUGCCAUCACAGUGUGGUAUUUUGACGCAGAUGAGCGAGCCAGAGCUAAAGAAAAGUACUUAACGGGUGCAGGAGAAAAAGGAGUUAAGGUUGAACUUGGCAAACCAUCAGAACCCAGCUAAUGGGAAGCGUCCCUUACAAACAGCCAUUAAGUGCUCUGUCCUAAGAAAGUGGCCUAUAGAGAGCAUGUGUGUGUGUUUUACAUGGCAAAACAGCAGACUUUUGCAUGAGUGGGUGGAAGAUCCAUUUUUGUGGAGACAAAACAAACAAAAACAGCGAUUUCUGUUCUUUUCAGAAAACAGGGGAAACCCAGAGGACCUUGAAUGUCAUGACAUUAUACUGAAAGGGAUUGUGCGUGUUUUUUUUCUCUCUCCCUUUCACCUCUGUGGUGGAGAUCGCUUGCAUUACAGCUGACAUUUUUCAGAAAAUCAACAAGAAUUAAACUCCCAGAGAUUCUUCAUCUUUUGCAUAUGGUUUUUUGCAGUUAUUCCUUAAAGGUACAGUGUUCUGCAUAUGCUUAAUGUGUUAUGCUUUUCACAUGGAAUCAGCUGUUAUAAGCUACUGUAUAGCAAAAUGUACUUGAGGUUGCAAUAAUAUGAGGAAUGAUCUGAAUUAAAAAUACUCUUUUUCUGGCAGAAAACUGUUUGGUCUUAGUUUGAAUUCAGUCAUUUGCAGCACAGUAGAUGCUGACUGUGUUAUCUGUGGUCUCGUUCCUCCUUCUCUCUCUGAAUACAACAAGUCAUUUGAAUCAGCACAGAUUUAGGAGACACAUCUGACAGUAAUGUGAGAACUGCAUCUGAAGCGCUAGAGUUUGCAGUUUCAUGCUGCCCUCUGCAGGCACACACUGUACUACACCUAUUAUUUUAACUGACAUUUUGGACCUGAGCAUGAAUAAAAUUCCCUCUGACAGAAAAUUCCUCACACUCAGAAGUGAGAGUAAAAACACAAACAGCCAUCAUAAACUAAACUUCCCCCUUAGUCAAUAUUAUCUAUUGUCUACUGCUCUGAUAACUACACUGUAUGUAAAAUUAAGAUAAUGUAUUAAUCAAGUGAUAAAUGACACUAUCAACCAGUAAGUUACUCUAUAAAUGGUUCUGGAAACUGAUUUUCCCUGCACUAUGUACCAGAGCUGGCUAAUUGUUUCAGUCUUUGAUUUGUCAAUGGUUUGACAUAGAAAUCAGUCCUCUAAAAAAUGAGUAACUAAUCUGUAAUACUUUCAAACCAAUACAGACCUUUUCCAAGACAAGUUAUAAACUUAAAGGAGCUCUAUAUGACAUUCAGAGCAUUAAUAUAGCUGCGCACAACUGUGUGCAAUGUACAGAUGUGGUGGAGUAAUGGCGUCCUGAGCAGAGAAUUAAGUCACACUUCCUUUGUGUGUGUUGUAAUCCGAGUUUCUCUGUGUCUUGUGGUGCAUGCAUGUGAGUUCUGUGUUCAGACGACUGAAUCAUAGAUAUACUCUUAAUGUUGUACACAGCUCCUUUAAGUGCACAAUGGCAGUGUUCCUAUAUUGUAAAUUAACAUUACUGCCUAAAUUUUAAAGUAUUGUCAUCUGUAAAGAUCUUGGGUACAUACUGUAUUUAGCGCUUUUAAAAGGCAAACAUCUUUGACAAAAAAAAAGGCUCAUCAAUAAAAAGGGGAGAAGUGUGUAACA